AUGCAACAUCAUACGCAAAACUGCAAGAAAUUGGGAACAACUAUAAGGUCGUACCCAAUCAGUGCGGGGUUUCAAGGUCGACACACUUCAGCCAUUGAGUUCAAAAUGGAAUUUGCGAAAUUGGCUAAAAGACUAGAUCAGGUGUUCAAACUUCCUCUUGCGGAGUCGUGGGAUAAUGUCGGUCUUCUUAUACACCCGUCCACUUCAACGUCCGUUAGUCGCAUAUGUCUAACUAAUGACUUGACUGAGUCCGUACUCUCCGAAGUGGUGCACACCGGUGCCAACUUUGUAAUCGCCUACCAUCCCCCAAUAUUUCGUCCAUUGAAGCGACUCACUCAAGGUACAUCAAAGGAGCGCAUUGUUAUUAAGUGUAUUGAAAACAAAAUUGCUGUCUAUUCGCCUCACACCGCCUUGGAUGCUGUCUCUGGCGGCCUGAACGAUUGGCUACUUAGUCCAUUUGAUGUACUAUGUAAAAUUCCGAUUAAAGGCAACAAUCUGGUGAGCAGACCACCUGUCCUUACGACGAGGCACAACUGCAAGUUUCAGGAAUAUUGUAUUCGGAAUAAUAUUGCUCCCAUCAACUGCGAUAUAGCUUCGUCCGAUGGUCGACUAGCUGAGGCAGUUGUGGGUGGAGAUGCAUCGGAGUUCCAUGACGCGGAAAUUGGCGGCGCUAUCACAUUCUUGCCGGAGGAGGGAACUGGUCGCAUAGGCCUUCUUAAGGAAGGCUAUACCAUCACCGACGUAAUCAAAUCCUACAAGACAUUACUUAAUACAAAUAUUCUUAAAGUUGCCCUUGGCCACGGGAAAACGUUUGAUAGUCCGGUGACGGCAAUUGCGGUGUGUGCAGGAUCUGGAGGCUCACUUUUUUCACAGGAGCCGAUGGCACAAGUGGCGGACCUCCUAGUGACGGGUGAGGCCUCUCAUCACGAGCAGUUGGAGGCAGUAGCCCGCGGAGCUACCAUCAUCACUGCGGGUCAUUCGGUCUCUGAGCGCAGUUACCUUCCCCAGUGCCUACGACCCUGGCUCGAGCGCGAAUUCGCCCCAACCCACGUCCCCAUUGAUAUCGCCACCACCGAUGUUGAGCCUGGUGUCUACGUCCUGCCAAGCGACCCUACCCAUUCGUUUGUGCAUCAUAAUUAG